AUGUCUGCCGAAAAGAGGCCGGCCUCCGAUGAGCCUGGCUCGGGCCAUAUGAUCGUGAAGCGACAAAACGUAGGCUCAUCAACAGGAGCGCUGGCAAGGCUAAAUGGCUCUGGAAAGAGCAGCGCAUUGGUACAGACUGCACCUCGCACAAGCAACUUACAAGCACCAGUCAUGGAGCUCUCCGGUCAUUCGGGCGAGAUUUUCGCCGCCAAGUUUGAUCCGACAGGCAACUUCAUUGCCUCGGGCUCUAUGGAUAGGAGUAUAUUGUUGUGGCGAACGUACGGCGACUGUGAGAACUACGGCAUCCUUAACGGCCAUCGCGGCGCCAUUCUUGACCUACAAUGGUCUAGGGACUCGAAGAUCGUCUUUUCUGCAUCGGCGGAUAUGCAUUUGGCGAGCUGGGAUCUGGAAAAUGGCACCAGGAUACGGAGAUAUGUUGGCCACGAAGAAAUCGUCAAUACCAUGGACAUCAGCAAGAGAGGCGAAGAACUUUUGGUCAGCGGCAGCGACGAUGGUUCAAUAGGAUUGUGGGAUCCGAGAACAAAGAACGCUGUGGAUUAUAUUCAAACGGAGUUUCCGAUUACGGCCAUUGCCAUGUCGGAGGCUGGCAAUGAAGUUUACUCAGGAGGCAUUGACAACGACAUAAAAGUGUGGGAUUUGCGUAAAAAGUCGGUGGUCUACUCUAUGCUUGGGCACCAGGAUACGGUGACCUCGCUCAGCGUUUCCCCAGAUUCACAAUCACUCCUUUCAUUUGCUAUGGAUUCCACGGUACGGACAUGGGACAUUCGGCCGUUCGCGCCGACCGAAAGGCAUAUCAGAACUUUUGACGGUGCUUCUGUGGGCCUGGAAAAGAACCUUAUUCGUGCAAGCUGGGAUUCGGAAGGCAAGAAGGUAGCAGUCGGUUCUGGUGACGGUACCGCUACAAUCUGGUCCAGCGAGACUGGUAAGCUGAUGUACAAACUACCCGGGCAUAAGGGAACUGUCAAUUGUGUUGAGUUUGCACCUGGCACAGAGCCAAUUGUGUUAUCCGCGUCAUCUGAUCGAAACAUGCUUCUAGGGGAGUUACGUUGA